GAAAAACCCGUCUGAGGGUGAUAGGUUAAAAUACUAGAAACCCUAACACGUUCACGUCAGAGCCGGAUAGAUAUCCGCGGGCAGUAUUCCGUCGCAUUUAACGCCUCGCUGUAUGUGACUGCAUGUGGGAGGAUGACACCGACAGAGGAGACCAGCGGCGUUAGCUCACAUCACUGGCAGCUCUAAACACAAACCCUUCAAUGCGAGUGAACUGUCGGGGAGUGUGUGGACCGCGGAGGAGGAGGGGGUGGACUGGGACGUGCAGCAGAAAUGUUGUCUAGCUUCGUUUAAAGGAGGAAAAAGAAACCAAGCUGCUUCGCUACAGAGCAGUAAUGUAUUGUCAGUGACAACAGACAAAGCGGUGCACACCGAUGCUACUGCUUCUGUUGUAGCUUACAGCCAGUUAGCCAGCUCACUUUAGCCUCUUCGGUUUUCUGUCCAGAGCUCUGAUUCUGCCUCUUGUUACCUUCGCUUUCGGAAAAUUCAAGCCGCCUUCAACCUCUUAACCUUCUGCCGUCUCCAGGGCCAUGGAUUUCCCGGGCCACUUUGAGCAGAUCUUCCAGCAGCUCAACUAUCAGCGUGUCCAUGGUCAGCUGUGCGACUGUGUCAUUGUGGUGGGCAGCAGACACUUCAAGGCCCACCGCUCAGUGCUGGCAGCCUGCAGCACCCACUUCAGAGCCCUGUUCAGCGUUGCAGAGGGGGACGCAAGCAUGAAUAUGAUCCAGCUGGACAGUGAGGUGGUGACAGCUGAAGCGUUUGCCGCUCUCGUGGACAUGAUGUACACCUCCACACUGAUGCUGGGGGAGAGCAACGUCAUGGACAUCCUCCUUGCCGCCUCACAUCUGCACCUCAACAAUGUGGUCAAGGCCUGCAAACACUACCUGACCACACGCACCCUGCCCAUGUCCCCCACAUCCGACAGACCCACCCAUCACCACCCUCAGCAGGAGCAGCAGAGGCACCGGCAGCAGCAGCAGCAGCAGCAGCAGCAGGUAGCAGAUUUAGCCGAUUUAGCAGCAAACGCUGCCACGUCAAAGUUGCAGCGCUCCUUCCUCCUGCAGCAGCUGGGGCUCAGCUUAGUGAGCUCUGCUCUGGGUGGGAUGGAGGAGGACGGAGUUGGCAGAGGAGGGGUUGAACAGAGGGCCUCCUUCCCAAUCCGACGCUUCCACAAACGCAAGCCGUCUCUGGCCCUGGGCCUGUCGGAGGAGAGGCCCCGGCAGAGGCAGCGGCCCUCCGCCCCUAACCUGGGGUUGUUAGGGGAAGGAGGGGUGAACGCAGAGCGAGAGGAAGGAGCUCUGCUCUCCCCAGACUCACACAAGAUGGGAGAUGAGUCCAAGUUGGACGCCGCAAUCACUGGCCUGGUCGCGGCGUCCCAAGAUGAUCCUCAGAUGCCCAGCCAGUCGGACAGCGGGCAUUGUGAGGGGGAGGACUUGGGGAGAAUGCAGGGAGGGGUGAGCAAGGAGGAGGACAUGGAAAAGGAGGACCACCAGGACAACAGAGCGGGGGUGACGAUCAAAUCAGGGAAAGAGGAGGAAGAGGUCGAAGAACAGAAGGUGGUGGUUAAACGAGAGCCGUUGAGUUCGCCUGAGCCAACGGACGAAAUCAGCGACGUGACAUCGCAGGCUGAAGGCAGCGACCCGGCGGAGCCCGGCGGCCGGGAGGAGGAGGAGAAGGCGGAGCUGAGCCCACAGAGCAGUGACCGAAGCUUCACCUCUGAGCCCCAACCCAGCUCUGACUCUCUGCUGCAGCCCAGCUCGCAGCUUCUCCUCAAGAGCGGCAUGGGAGGAGGCGCCGGAGUCGGAGGAGGUUUCGGGUGUAAUAACGGACUGAGUGGCAAACCUGGUUUUAGUAUUUCUAGCUUCCUCAGCCCGAAGGAUUUCGGAAGUGGCGGGGCGGGGUUGGUUGCCGGAGACGACGAGCUCCCCAACACAACAACUGGAGAUGCGGUAGCACAUCACUUCCUGCUCAGACAGGAAGCUGCCGGGCCAUCCGGCUCGGCUUCUUCCUCUCUUCUGCAGUCAGGUCCUCUCAGUGGUGAGAGUCGCAACAGUUUUGGAGACAACCUGCAAGCUGAUUCUCUAUUUCUGCGCCCCCUUCACGAUGGUUUAGGGAACCCUCGAGGAAGUGGGGGAAGUGGUAGUGGAGGGUGUGGCGGGGGAGAUCCCUUUGGCUUGGACUUCCAGCGCUCUAGCCUGGGACUUCACUCCCUGGGUCGACCGUCACGGGGGGCAGCAGGAACGACCGCCGCCGCUCUGGGUUAUCCGGGUUACAGACGCAUUGCUCCAAAAAUGGCCACCGGCAUGGGGGGAGAAGAAGGAGUAGGCGGCGUUCUCCAGGAUGCCGCCUCUUCGUCCUCAAGUCUGGCCAGUCCUCUGCUUUUAAACAAGAACGGUGGGUAUGAGAUGAACAGUGGCAGGCCCACCUCCCUGCCCCCUCAGCUGACCCGAGCUUCAGCCGAUGUCCUGUCAAAGUGCAAGAAGGCUCUGUCGGAGCACAACGUGCUGGUGGUUGAGGGGGCGCGGAAAUACGCCUGUAAAAUCUGCUGCAAAACCUUCCUCACGCUGACUGACUGCAAGAAACACAUCCGCGUCCACACGGGAGAGAAACCGUACGCAUGUCUGAAGUGUGGGAAGCGCUUCAGCCAGUCCUCCCACCUGUACAAGCAUUCCAAGACCACCUGCCUGCGCUGGCAGAACAGUAACAUGUCCAAUGCCCUGCUGUAGGACUCUAACUAGGUUCUGUCCAAACUAACCGGUCCUGAUCACAGACCAAAGAUAGGGAUACUAAUGUAACCAUACAUUUCCUUUUCCAGGAGGAACCCACACUAUCAAAUCAGUGAAAGUUAGCAUGAAGACAUUUAGGUUGUAGAAAGAUGUUAGGGAUGCAGGACGUACAAAGGCGCCACGUUUAUUGCUAUGGUUUCAUUAUGGAGUACCUUAGAUACACACUGUAUUCUCCCCUGUACAAAUAUCAUGAGAGUAUUAUGAGGAUUGUCCUUCACUUUCAAUACAUGCAGCCAGUGGACUUUACAUAAUAUGAUCCGGGCCAGUCUAGACUUGGGUUUUAAAGCUACACACUGUUAGCUAUAUGUAUGCUAUACAUAUAUAUAGCUAUAUAGCUAUAUAUGUGAAGUGAAGUUUAGAUGUGUUGAGGUGAGCCCUCAGUGCUAAACAACUAGAGUUUGCGGUACGUUUAUUGAAGCAGAUUUCUAUAUAAUUCUAACACUCAGUCUGAGUGGUUACAGAUCAGAGGCAGCUGUGCAGCACCAACAUUAGGAACAAAUAUCAUGUGAAAUAGUGUCCUUAUGUGUAGAUUUUUCAUUGCACAUUUGUUAAACAUGUAGCAGCAUCACACUUUUGAGUCAUGGUAUGUGUGCACAUUGAUUGUGCCUCAUUCUGUGCGAGGAAAGUCGUGCAGACUAUGGAUGAACUGAUUCAGAUUCAGUUUGUGUGCCAGAUAUAAUGCCUGUAAGAAGUGUUGAUGGUUGUGUGCUCUUGAUGCUUACUCUACUGUACAAAAAGGUGGAUAGAGUCAGAUUCAGUCGGUCAGUUGUGAGACAGGUCUAGGUAAUGCCAAAAUCUGUUCAACCAACAGAAAAGAGUUUUGUUUUUUGGUGUGCUGCGGAAACCUUGUGAACUCGACAAGUAAUGUUAACUUGCUUCUGUUAUUUACUUAAAUUUGAGCCAAUUGACAUUGUCGACCAAGACGGAAACAACCCGUCAAAACACUUUUGACCUCUAUAGUUGCCUUUCAGUCCCAAGCACCUUUGAAAAGUGUUGAGCAGUCAUUACUAGUAAUAGUAUUACAGUAAUAAUACGACUAACUAGUAGGGUAAUUAAUUAUUAAUACAUUUCAGCCCAAUGAGUUACAACCUUACUCUUGUUGUCAUCACGUACUGAUUUGAAAUCCGACAAUCCAAUCACACCCCUGGAUUUGUUUUUGUAAUGGAGGAGGAAACUAGCUGGCAAUGAUUACAUUCAGCAGAUGGAAUAUUUCCAGCUCCCAUUACUUAGAUUUUGGGGACAAAAUGACCGAUUGCGUUAGGAGUUGCAGAAAAGUAAUAUAACUAUUAGUGUAACUAAUUACUGUUGGCAGGGAGUAUUACGUAAAGUAAUAAUAUUUCUUAAAAGAGUUAUUAGUAAUAAAUGAAAUCUUUUUGAUAACUAUCCCAACACUGCCUUUGAAUUCUCACCAACAGAAGUGUUGCUCGGCUCAGUUAGAGUUGAGCAUGUGUCUGGUCACUGGCAAGAUAAUUCAGUUUGCACUGAUGGGGCCUUCACACUUCAUGUGACUACAGGAAUAAAUGUCUCGCUUAGAAAGAUUUAUAUCUGUAGUUUGUCAAAUGCAAGUUUUGAAGAAAUGGGAAACUUUGAAUUGCGCUAAUCAACCUCUUACCACAAUUUGCUUGCCCGGCAGACCUGUUAUCCCUGGAAUUAAUCUGCAUUGUUUAGGGGCACAAACAAAUCACAGCCAGUAGGAUGUUUUAAUACCCAGAUAUCAGCUUCACGGGAAAAUGCACCUUAUUUUGUGUCAUGAUGUGCAAAACUUGCCAGUUUGUUGUGGUCUGUAUAAGAUAUAAGAUAUAAGUGACUUUCCGUCCUUACUGACUGAGAAUGACCACACAAAGUUCAGCUGUGGCCAUCAAGUUUACUUGACCAUCCACAGACACAUCAGCUAAGUUUCCCUGGUCGCCGGUGUUCUUGUGUGUACAGUAUGUUUAUUAAAAGGGCGAUGAAGUUGCACUGAGAGGUAGAGUCGUAAAUAUUGCACAUUUGUGGUUGAUUUCAUCAUUUUUCUCUCGGAGGAGAGACAAAACAACUCAUGAAGAACAAAACAUACAGUUUGCUACUGUACUUAAUAUCAGUGCUUUAUAAACCUCUUCAUACAUUUAAUGUAUCUCACAAACGCACUCAGACAAAUCAUUCUUUCUUUUUAUAACUAAUACGUUCACUGGAAUGUUGAACAAUGUCAAAACGUUGCUUUAAUGCGAUUAUCCAGUUUUACCAGCUCUCAAGGGUUUUUCUUUCCGUUACAUUACUAUCAGGAUGAGUUUGCAAGCUAAGGGUUGUAGCAUUUUUGCUAGCAGGUGAUCUAUAACAUACAACUUUCACAUUUUUGUGAAUUGCUAAUACACAUGAAGAACAUUUAAAAAAAAAAAAAAGAAUUUUAUAGGGACUCCUGUCAUUUUUCAAGUUAAUUUCAGGAGUUUUAGCUGUUUUUUUAUGUAUGUUAACUGUAUUUUAAUGUAAGGUUGAAAGCUUUCUUACAAUUGACGAACUGCGUAAGAAAAAAAAAA